AUGACGAUCAUGUUCUAUUCCAUUGGCAAUAUCAGUUAUCCAUUUACUUACUUGAAUGGUAACUUUGUUUCAUGUAUCGGCCAGGAAGACGAUAAUAAAGAUAGUAUGAUAUCUGGUAAAAAAUCUGGAAUUGGAGAUUCACGACAAUCUUCCAGAACGAGAGAAAAUGUGAUUCGGUGUUAUACUCCAAGUUCAUUCCCUUCAAGCUGUGCAAGUACGUCAUCGGAUGAAUUCUCUACAAAUAGCGAAUCAAACUAUUCUAUAAUAUCGGAAACGGAAUUACCGGAGUUUUCCGAUCCUGAGGUUACCAUUGAUGUUAUCAAUAAAGAUGCGGAAGAGGAAGAUGAAAUUGAAGAAGAAGAAGCAGCAUAUUGCUGUGGAAUAGAUGAAGAUGAAGAAAAUGAUGAUGAUUUAUGUAAUGAAUAUAUAUUAGAGGCGAAAGAAGAUGAGUGUGAACCAGAAAUUUGCAAGGCAUUUUCAAGUAAAGCAAUUGAUGACAGCGAAGAAGGGGAAAUGCUUGCUUUACCUAAAAAGAAAGAAUUUUACGCGGCUGCAGGGACAGAAAAGGUCCUUGACGAUCAAUUUGGGAACUUUUAUGAUCCAUCGACCUCAUCAAAGCACCUUUCAACUCGAACGUCUGAGAAGCUUGAAAGAGCAAUAGUAGGUAGUUCUGAAAACUUCUCCAUGGAAGAACAGACGUAUACGGCAGAAAUAAAAGAUGAGAGAACGCAAAGUAAACAGUAA